AUGGUGCACAGGACGGUUCGGCGUCAAAUAUAUUUUCGUUUCGGAAAGAAAUGUCUCAGUGAUGUUUUGGAAGUGUCUGUAGCAAAUUGCAAGGCGUUUUUUGUUUACAAGCUGCUUAAUUUCACUGCUAAUCUGAGCUGUAACUAUCGCAUCUGUGCUGAAAGGGGUAAGUCUGAUCUCUUCAGUGGCCCCGGUCCCUCAAUAGAUGGUUAAGUUUAACCCAGGAUUAAGCCAAAUUUUCAGUAAGGUCUUCUUGUCAUAACAUGUCCCUGGAACUUACAAAAUACUGGUUGUAUAUUUACUCCGAGGUUUUGUGAUGAAAAUAUAGAAUGUUACUCUAGGCAACGCAUAUAAAGGUAAGAUACAAAAAGGGAAGAAAUCUUUUAACCCUGGAGUAGCGCUUAUUGGGCUUUCACGGGAACCGGGGCCUAUUGAACGUUAUAACUUAUUAUUCAAUCAAAAUAUUUCGCCAGUUUUGAUUGGCUCCAAGCCCCGGCUAAAUAGGCCAUUUGCACUAAGAGGUCAUAUGAAAAUGAAAGUUAUAUGAUUUAGCCUUCAAAAAAUGAUUAGUGGGUCAUAUCCUAAACAAAAUAAAAGUGAUUUGGUUUUUCAAACCUGCACCGUUGUCUUAAAGUGAGUAAGUCUGUAGCUGGUCACGUGACCAAAAUGUGAUUUUGAAAAUUACGAAUUACUGCUUUCUGAACACAAAUUUUGCACUUAAACUUCAAGGCAAAUGUUGAAAAAAUGAUGGGGUAACGUUUGCAGCACAUCUGAGCAUAACUAUCAAAAGUUUAACAAGAUGUAAGCAAAAACUAGUUUGGCCGCCAUGUUGGAGGGCAAGAGUAUGCCCUCCAACAUGGCGCCCAGUAGAAAUCAUACUACUUUGUUGAAAAAUCAAAGUGCCAUAAAAUAUCUCCCUUAAAUGCUUUUCCUCUCAAAUUUCGGGUGUAAGAUAAUUUUUAUGUGCUCUGUCAAUUUUUGGCAUCAGCAGGAUUCCAACUAAUUGUUUAAGGGAAGUAUUGAUCACGUGACCCCUUAGUGCAAGUGGCCUAUUCUUCAUAACCAGCUGGUGCUUACCAUACAACUAUUUUGAGAAAGGUUGUCGGAAAAAAUGUGCACGCGACAAUCCCGAAAGGUAAUAUGGGUAUGAUAAAUACAUUGUUCCUGACACUGAAGCUGUCGAACCGACUUUUGUUGUUUUCCUUCAGCAAUAGCAAACAUACGUCCAUGGCCUCUUGUGCCAUUCUCUCAAAUUUCUUUGAAGAACAGUGGACUCAAAACCGUCCACAAUACCUUUCUUAGCCUGCUUAGCUGGCGGAAUUAGCGUGGGAGUGCUGUGUUGGUUUGGCAUCGGAGCCACGAGAAGGGAGGGUAUACAAGUCAAAAAAGUACCCCUGGCACAAGAAUCCCUCCAGCUACGCAGGCUAUACCUUUCGGAAUUGUCGCGUACACUUUUUCUGACAACCUUUCUCGAAAUAAUUGUAUGUGGAAGAUGCGAGCAAUAUACCAUCGAUUCGAUGGUAUAAGUUGAAUUAUUGUAUAGCUGGAAUUUUUUCUUCAGCCCUAGCAGUCUUACAAUCUCAAAUCUUUAUUAAGAUGAAAAUACAUAUCAGGAUCUGUAAGAAUUAAGUGAAAUACAACUAUUCAAAAGCUAAAGAUUACUCAAAAUGCAUUCUGUAUGUGACGAUUUCACAAUCUUUAAGCAGUUGUUUCCCUAUGACAUGACGUGCUGUUUUCAAGAUGUGGUCAUUGAUGUCAUUGAUGUCAACUCAGGAUUGUCACCCAUGAUAUAUAUACGCAAUCAAAUGGUAUACCCUUGAAAUGAGGAAAUAAUUUCACUCGCGAUUUUUAACUUUGGCAAAAAAAACAAAACAAAACAAAAAAACAAACAUGUCAGCAGUUACAUUGAAAGGAGGCAGCGAGGCCGUGUAUUCAGCGUGUCAGACUCGCAACCGCGGCGUUCCCGGGUGACUCGAACUGGCCACUCAGGCCGGAUUUGUUCUCGGUUGUCCCCUGUUCAAAUUACACCCUUUUUAAUAAGAAUGUUUUUAAUUUUUUUUUUUCCGGUCCAGGCUGAAUACUCUUAUUUUUCUGCCGAUUUUAGGCUGAAAAUUUCUUGUAUUUCUCUUGAGUUAUAGCUUAUCACUUUUCCGUUUUAGAAUGUAUAGCUCACUUCCGUUGAUAGCUUGGGCCUAAACUAGGCGCGCGGGCAUUUAUGGGAUUAUUUGAGGGGACGCAACUGUAAAUAAACAUGGCGAAAAGCGAAGUGGAAUGUUUCAGCGGGGUUAAAACAGCUCAAAAUAGCAGAACGGGAGGUGGAACUGAAAGAAAAAAAAAAAACAAAAUGUGAAGCUGAAGGAAGAAGAUGUGCCUGGGACGAUUUCACUUCGAGAAAAACCAGAGGAAUGCACCGUGCAGAGCCGAUGGCUUCUUUGCCGUGGAGCCAAGACAACCGGAAAGAAAACGCACCUGAAUACGUCUUGCCUUUGAUAUUCUAUAAAAUGCCAAACUAGGGAAGUUCCUAAAGUUAUUGUGCACACAACAAAUAGCACGUCUCGUCGUAAUUCAAAAUGGCUGCUCGACUUGUCCCCAUAAACAAUCCCACAAAUGCGCGCGCGCUUAGUUUGCGUCCCCGGUUAUCACUCUUUUCCGAAGUGAGCUAUUGGAGCAUAAUUUCAGCCCAAGCUCUUUUCGUUUUGUUGGCUAGGUUUGCCGUUUAGAGAAAGGCAUAAUCACACGUUUACGUUAACAACAUACGAUUGUAUUGUAUUAACAGACUUUCAACACACAAAAUUUUGUCCUUUUCAAAAUCUUAGCCUCGGGUUUAUUAUUAAAAUUUUCUUAAAAUAUUCUUAAAAUUUUGCAGAUUUCAGCCUUGAUAUUCAUAUAAACUUUUCUCACUAUCUGAUACCAGCGCUUUCCGAUAAACAUUGUUAAUUACUGCAGAUCCAUUAUUUACUGUAAAUUAUUUCCCCCCUUUGUAUAAUAUUUCCACAUCAUAUCAUAUAUAGACAAACAUGAACACAAAAGAAUAAAAAUUAAGCAUUCCCUACACUUAAAUUGACUGUCCCGCCAAGAUUAGCCCCAGCCAUCUGAGGGCCAGUGCACUUUUGUAAAACUUGUUGCUGUUGUUUGAAUAUAAUAUAUAUCAGUUGCGGUUUUUUAAUCCUGUUGUGUUCGAUUUGAACAUUGUUUGUUUUAGUGGAGUGCCUAUAAAUAUAUACACAAUUGUAAAGCUAAGUGCACAAUUUCAUUAAAAACAAACCCUUGAAGGAGCUGUGUCGCGAAAUUCAGCCAAAUGAGGAAAUUACAAAAUGCCCGUUAAAUUAAGAGACAAAAAAAAAAUUACCGCUUAAAACUAUAAAGGAGGGUUAAAAUAACAUAACAGAAACAACAGAUGCCACGGAUGGGCAAAACUGAAGAAGACUGAAACGGAUUGAAAUUAGGGUUUUUGAAAGCUGUUCAGCCUAACAGUUUUCCAAAGUUGAUGCCUGCUGCUUGUAACUUCAAAAAUAAUGCUCGUGAGACAUAUUCGUUUGUCUCGGAUCUCUGAUUUUGUCAUUUACAUGUAAUUUCUUUGCUUACUUUAAGUUCCAUAGCGAUUGAGGGCGAAUAAUUGGGAAAAUUAAACAAAAUGAACUGGACUGCCGUGACACAGCCCCCUUAACAUUUAACCUUUUUUUUCAACGCAGGUGAAAUUAUUUCCUAGUUUCAACUACUCAAUAUAUGAUCAUUAUAACAUUUACACGCCACCAAACACCUCAAUUGAAAACAUGCUUUUUUUUGGCAGUCCCCCACCCUUGUCACUCAAGGCGUCACCAAUGUGAUUUGGUUCGUUCCACGUGCAAGGAAACCGGGGAUACCUACUCUUGUCCGUGCAAAAAAGGGUUUACUGGAAAUCCUGGAAAUUGCACAGGUAACAGUUAACCAAGGCUGGUAUGAUUUAUUUGUAUCAGUUGUCCCUUCUACUCAUCUUUAAGGGCCAGUCACACUGUAUUUAAAGGAAGUUUACGAAAAUAGCCAGUGUUCAAGAAAACCGCGUCGACUAAGCCAUUUUCAGUUUGGCGAACGCUUUUAUGUCAACACCAUUUAUUGCGAACUGUUUCAUUAAAGGAUUAUGAAGUAGACUAGAGACGCAUUUGUUUUUUUUUAAUAACCCACUAAAGAAGAGAUCCGGAAAUUCAAAGAUUUCCUAAACCGUGGUCUAAGUAAGACUUCCUUAAAAUAACCGACCGUAAAGGCCUGUUUAGAUAAAGGAAAGUUGUCCGGGGAAAAAGAGGGUCACCCCCCCAACUGAGUCACUUUUAUCGGAUGUUUAUAUGAGAAAAAAUGUUGCCAACAGCGCUCCCGCAUGCUCUGAUUGUUUGCCUUGACCGAAUUGUUCCAGCUGGGAGAGCUAGAGUUUUGAUAUAAAGAAAAGCUGGCCCGGCUUGGAGGGUGAAUCAAAAAAGGGUGACCCGGCUACUAGGCGAGAUCCAACUUUUUGUUUCUCGUGUAAACGGUUCUGCACGUUUUGUAAGGAAGUGUAUGAAUAGCUGGCUUGCCCAGGGUAGCUUUGGUGACCUUGGGACACUACAUUUCUCCAUAUAAAUAGGUCCUAAUUAUACGUUUUUGGGCAACUGCCCACCUACCCCUCUCCUAAGCCAAUAUUAACACUUACCUUUCCCUUAAGGGCAAAAUGUUGACUUAGGGGAGGGGUAGGUGGGCAGUUUCCCAUCUAAACGUACAAUCAUCCAACUAAACUAAACUAUGAAAUUGUGUUUCCUAGAUAAACCUAGAUCUAGCUAAUUUAAGCUAUCUAAUUCUAAAAAAAUGCAUCAAUUAUUUGUUUUUGUGCUGUUAAGUGUGAGAGAAAUCACUCAGUUAUUGAAUGUGUCUUAUAGAUGUGAAUGAGUGUGAAAAUGGAACAAAUGAUUGUGACCCAGUGUUAGCGAUCUGUAAUAACAUGAUUGGAUCAUUUACUUGUCAUUGCAAGUCUGGUUUUAUUGGAGAUGGUAAAAACUGUUCAGGUACUGUAAUUUUCCUAGCCACUACUUACUGUAGCCAUUCAACUUAACGACUUUAAAAGUGUCAAAGUUAUAACAAAAUCACUGAAGCAUCCCAGCCACUUUUUGGAAAAUCUAAUGGGAAAAAUAGGCUGUCCAAGCUCAAAAUAUAGGAAAAUAUACGAAUUUUCUGCCUAUAAAGAGACUCUUUAAAGAAAAAAAAAACAUUUCAAAAUUGUGAUAAUAAUAUUAAAAGAAUUAAAAACAAAUUAAAAGAAAAUUUAACAAAACAAUUAACAAAAUACUAUUUUUCUUGAUGCAGAAUUUUGGUUUUGUUCAUUCACAGCAAAGUUGCUUCACAGUGCAAAAUGCAGAUAUCAGAAUAUGGUCUAUUUAUAGGAAAUAUUUGAGGAUUUCUUGAAAUAUAGGCUGUUUAUAGCAUCCUAUUCAAAUUAAAUAUAGGCGGUCUGGGAUGCGUGUAGGGUUUCAAGUACCAGCGUUCUUGCCGUUUAUUGAAAGAAAUUUUCUACGGUGACGUUUUGAAGGUAAAUCGUAUUGUAUUCACUGAUUUUCAACACAAGCAAUUAUAUCCCUUUUGAUUCUCCUUCUCGGGUUUACCGUUAAAGUAUUUUUAAAAUUACGAAAAUUUCAGCCCCAGUAUUCUUAUGAAAUAUAUUCUUAUGGCAAAGAAAAGGUGUGUAGUGGCAGGUACAAUGUACUCUUGCCGAAGAUUACUAAGAGUUUGUAAAUUCUCAAACCGUUGUGUUUUAGUAACACGCCUCAAAUUAUCAGUUUUAUUUUUAUUACUUGAUAUUUUAUAUCCAGUUGUUACAGUAAUACAUCGCCCGUUGUUCAUUUUAAGAUAUAAAUAUCAAAAAUUUGUCAGGUUGGUAAGCCAUGGAUCUAAAAACUGGUCUAAAAAUUGAGGUCUAAACUAAAAAUAGUGCGAUCUUUAGAAUAAUUGUUCAUUAUACGUUUCUGGGGAAACUGCCCACCAACCUCUCCCCUUUGCCAACAUUUUGCCCUAAGUGAGAAGUAAGUGUUAAUGCUGGCUUAGGGGAGGGAUAGGUGGCAGUUUCUCGGAAACGUGUAAUGAUCCGAAUUCUUUUCGUCGUCGUGGUUGUUCAUAAAGUCCCUACUAAGCUGUCAAUGACAAAAUGUCGACUUCCUGCAAUUAAACGACCACGAUUUGGUCCUCUGUGUUAUAAGUAGCCUGUGUAGCUGGCGGUAUUGUGUACUAGUCGAGUGAGAUUUGGCGGCGGAGCCGCUACAAUACCGCCAGCUGCGCAGACUACUUAUGAGCAAAUCCUACAGAUCAGAGAACUGAUUUACUCCAGUACAUUGACGAUUAACGGCUAAACAAAAAACUUCAAUAAUUUUCAACCAAACGAUGCCGGUUAUUUUUUCGCGGCAGUUCAUCACCCGUGUGACUCAGGACGCCACCAUUGUAAUUUAUCAUAUUCUACUUGCAAGAAAGAACCGGGGGUCGGAGAACGUAACUACACUUGUCCAUGCAAAGUAGGGUUUACUGGAAUUCCUGGAAAUUGCAAAGGUAACAUCUAACGCCCUGUCCACACUAAUACGUUUUCAAUAGUAUGGGUUUUCGUUGUCAUUGAAAACGCAUCGAUCGAUUCGUGUGCAAACUACCGUUUUGAUGCGUUUUUGACUGCCCAAACUAAAACGUUCGAAAACGAUAGUAUUACGCGUUGUGACGUACAUGUAAGUUAAACUCUACGCACGCACUGCAAACAUUAACACGCCUCCGAUAUUUCGGUUCACCGUUUUUANACAAAAUGUCGACUUCCUGCAAAUAAACGACCACGAUUUGGUCCUCUGUGUUAUAAGUAGCCUGUGUAGCUGGCGGUAUUGUGUACUAGUCGAGUGAGAUUUGGCGGCGGAGCCGCUACAAUACCGCCAGCUGCGCAGACUACUUAUGAGCAAAUCCUACAGAUCAGAGAACUGAUUUACUCCAGUACAUUGACGAUUAACGGCUAAACAAAAAACUUCAAUAAUUUUCAACCAAACCAUGCCGGUUAUUUUUUCGCGGCAGUUCAUCACCCGUGUGACUCAGGACGCCACCAUUGUAAUUUAUCAUAUUCUACUUGCAAGAAAGAACCGGGGGUCGGAGAACGUAACUACACUUGUCCAUGCAAAGUAGGGUUUACUGGAAUUCCUGGAAAUUGCAAAGGUAACAUCUAACGCCCUGUCCACACUAAUACGUUUUCAAUAGUAUGGGUUUUCGUUGUCAUUGAAAACGCAUCGAUCGAUUCGUGUGCAAACUACCGUUUUGAUGCGUUUUUGACUGCCCAAACUAAAACGUUCGAAAACGAUAGUAUUACGCGUUGUGACGUACAUGUAAGUUAAACUCUACGCACGCACUGCAAACAUUAACACGCCUCCGAUAUUUCGGUUCACCGUUUUUAUGUUGAUAGGGCGAUCGAUACGGCGUGCGAAAGGCCUAAACACAUCGAAAUAUAUGGAAACGCAUUGGUGUGGACAGGGCCCAAAUCCUGAAGGUUUACUUGAUUUAUUCAUUAAGAAAAGUAAAGUAAACUAACCUGAAUUGUCUAACCUAAAUAUAUUUACUUUUUUAAAAAAUGAAUUAAUUACUCGUUCUUGUGCUGUUAAGUGCGAGAGAAAUCACUCAGUUUUUGAAUGUCUCUUAUAGAUGUGGAUGAGUGUGAAGAGGGAACAAAUGAUUGUGACCCGGAUUUUGGGACCUGUGAAAACAUGGUAGGGUCAUACACUUGUCACUGCGAGCCUGGAUUUACUGGAGAUCGUAAAAAGUGUUCAGGUAAAGUAAUUCCGAUCCGUAGCUUACUGUAGCCAUCGAAUUUAAGAAGAGUCAAAGUUACUAGAAAAUUUGAAAGAUAGGGUACAGGGUGUAUUAUAUGAAAUGGGCUAACACUGUAGAUACUGAAAUAUAUUCACUCAUCAAAUUUCAAACACAAUGACUAUCCUUUGACAUGUUGGGUAAGAGUCGAGUUAUUCCAGUAAAUUUUUUAUUUUUAUAUUAGACCCAGGUAAGGUAAGGUAAGUUAACGCCUUUAUUUAAAGAGGGUAAGGACGUGACAGUUAUGAUAAAACUGAUAAACUUGUGGCCCUCUGUAAAAGAUAAAAUCGAAUAUUAAAAUAAUUUUACACUGUCAUUAUAAAAAAAAUAGAAAUUAACAUUAAUAGAUACAGUUUAAAAAAAAUAACUAUCUAAAACAAGUAAAAAAACAAAUGAAAAUUUUUUCGUUAUUUAACUAUUGAAAAGGUCUACAAACAUACGUUAUGGGAGAUGUCAUUUUAUCAGAUACAAAGAUUAAGCUGAUAAGCCAAUAAAUAAAGUUUGGACUUUUGAUUGAAUUUUGACAGAUGUGGAUGAGUGCACAAGUAAUGUCCAUAACUGCCACCAGCAGGGUAUCUGCACAAACAACAAUGGUUCAUUUUCUUGUCAAUGUAAGAAAGGAUACACAGGAAAUGGGACUUGGUGUACAGGUGAGCUUCAGGCUCCGUCCACAUUUAUCCGUUUUGGCUUAAAAACGGAUAUUUUUUUUAAUCCCGUAUGGCCCAUCGUCCACACGUAUCCGAUGAAAACGGUCACUGAAAACGGAUCUUUUCCAAACCGCUCUCCAGAGUGGAAUUUUUGAAAACGCCGUCUUUUUGUUUACGUAUGAGCGAACGAAAACAAAGGUUCUAGAAUAUGAUGAUGUCAUACACCAUAUACUUCUAGCAUGACGCACGCUCCGUAAGGGAUCAUAUUUACAUCGUUUAAGAGUUUUCGUGCGGGGAAAACGAUUCGAAUACCCUACGUAAGAUUGAAUAAUUUUGUUUUUAAACGGAGAAAAAAGGCACCUUAAUCGAAAGUAUAGAUGCUUGUGUAAGGCGCAAUUAGCAAGACGCAAACAAUUAAAAAUUAGCAGGCAAAUUAGUGGGCAAUUAGCAGGUCAGUCAAUUAAAAAAUGGAAGCGUAUGGGGUAUUUAUUCUCUAAUCUUAUGCAGGAACAGAGACUUAUAAACCCUUCUUUUUUUUCCACUGGUCCUAAGCUGGGCCACGGCCAUAGCAAGAGAUAUUUAAUCAUUUAUUUACCUACCAAUGUACUGUGUUAAGUAGGGUUAACUGGAAUUCCUGGAAAUAACACAGUUUGCAGUUAACGUCUUAAAAUUGAUUUGAGUUAGUGACAGGAAAACGAAAUAGAAAAUAAUAAUGGUGUGUAAUAUAUAUGUAUAGUAACGAUAAUGAUGAUGAUGAUAAUAGUGUAUAAAUCACAAUUUUUAGUGAUGGUAAAAAUUCAGUCAGAUUGCGAGAAACCAUUUGCCUCAUGUAAGGGAAUCCAGGACAGUCUUGGAUUCCGGAUUUCACACUGCGGAUUCCGGAUUCGAGGUACUGGAUUCCAGUAUUUUUCAUUGGAACUUGGAUUCUGAAUUACAAUUGUUAGUGGGAUUCCGGAUUCCUUGAGCUGUAUUCCGGAUUCCAUGAGCAAAAUUUUCCUGGUUUCCGUCAUCUGGAUUCCCUUACAUGGGGCGAAACCAUCCAGUAUAACUACUGUAAGAAGGGCCAUAGUCAGUUGUAAAUUCAAAAAUUAAUGUGCAUUCUAGAUGUGA